AUGACCUCACAAGGCAUGACGCGCAAGCGACCAGCACCAGGCACGAACCCUGCAGCUCAUCCCCAAAUGGGCGCGGUCCCGAACUACACUCCUCCGAACCCGGGCGCUCAGUUAUCCAACGAUCAGUUCUUGCAGUGGGGCCAAAAUCCCUCGACAAAUGCCGUGAAUACAUCUCCAUACCAGGAGAACACAGGGUAUAAUCAGGGAUAUGCAAACUCUCAUGAUUUGUCUGCUACGGCCGCGAACAACAACCAACUUGCGCGUCGCCAGCAGCCAAAUCAGUUGGUUAGCCGAAAUCGCGGGUACGAACAAGCGCCUGUCUCUUAUUCUGAUCCUAAUGCGGGUGGUACUAAUGGAGAGUCGGGAGCAUGGGGUGAAAGUCUGGAGGAACUGUAUGCGCGCGCGCUGACCGCAAAAAGAGAAGCCCAAGCGAAGAGAAAGCAGAUCCCACCUUUUGUACAGAAGUUGAGCAGUUUCCUCGAUGAGUCUAAAAACACCGAGUUGAUUCGGUGGUCCGACGACGGCAAUUCCUUCAUUGUUCUGGAUGAGGAUGAGUUUGCGAGGACUUUGAUUCCCGAAUUAUUCAAGCACAACAACUAUGCAUCUUUCGUACGGCAAUUGAAUAUGUACGGAUUUCACAAGAAGGUUGGCCUCUCUGAUAACUCCAUGCGAGCCAGCGAGCGGAAGAACAAGAGUCCUAGUGAAUAUGCAAAUCCAUACUUCAAACGAGGCCAUCCAGAUCUGCUUUGGUUGAUUCAGAAACCGAAGAACGCUGCAGGGCAUGCCAGUAAAGGAAGUAAAGGAGGACCCCGUGUGAAGACCGAGGAUGUUGAUGAGAAUGAGCUAGAGGAGUACGGAGAUGAGAGUGUGCCUGCUCCUCGUGAGAACCGGCCACGACCUCAACAACUAUCUUUGCUCACAGAUGGACCCCCGCAAUCAGAUCAGCUAUCAGGAGUUUAUCGUGAGCUGCAAGCCAUUCGUCAACAGCAGCAAAUAAUUUCGACCACCAUUACCAGAUUACGAAAAGAACACGAGCAGCUCUACGCUCAAGCCGCAAACUUCCAGGAACAACACACUCGCCACGAAAACUCCAUUAACGCUAUUCUUACAUUCCUGGCUACUGUGUAUAAUCGCAGUCUUCAAGGACAAGAUGGCAAUCAAAACAUUACCAACUCCUUUGCUGGUGCUAUAUCUGGGGAUCAAGGGAACAUUGUGGACAUUGGCGAGGACUUCCCUCUGGGAUCACUGGCCGGGCUAACUAGUCCAACUGGUCAAAGGACAAUGAAAAAGCAGCCACUGCUUCUGAAAGCCCCUCCUACAACAGAUGAAAACACCCGCACCAAUACCAUUCCCCCAGCACCAUCAGCCGCUAGUGGGUCUUAUGAGACCAGAUCUCGGGGCCAUGCUCGCCAGCCUAGCGCCAGCCAAUCCGGUCAUGUCGAGGAAGUCUUCGAUACCAGUCCUCGGCAGAGCAAUACCGCUCCGAUGGGACAAAAAGCAAAUGAAGGCUUUCCUCAGCAGGACAUCAUGUCCGUUAUUCAAAACUCCAAUGCACGUAACGGUGUGCCUACCGACUUUACGGAUUUCCCGGGCGUCUUGACCUCUCUCGAAACAUCCGGCGGCAAUGUUCCUCUCACGGCGAAUCAGCGGGCAGACAUGCUCCGACUAAUGGCUCACGAGACGAACACGGCCGACCCUACUGGUCAGGGAUCCUCAAACAAUGCUCUUAUGACACCGACACCACCACCUAUGCCUCACAACUAUACCAACCGCCUUGCCAGCACCCGUCAAGAGAUUGACAACUUGGUGAAAAUGCAAGCCGAGCAAGACCGAUCCGUCCAAAACCUCACAAAUCUUCUACAACCUUUGAGCCCAACGGGUGCUAUACCAGGCCUGGAUGCCGAUGGGAAUGGAAACCUUCCCCCGCCUCCACUGGAUCUCGACACCAUAUUCAACAAUGACUAUUUCACGGAUAUUGGCGACACGGACAAUGACAAGAAACACAUGAACUUGGGCGAUAAUGGUCAAACUUCACAGUUGGGUGGAAACCCACAUGAGGCGUUGGGCACAGGUCAAGGUGUUGAUGGAGAUACCAAUGAUCUCUUUGAUUUUGGACAUAUCCCGGGAGAUGGUGAUCUAUUUGAUGGAACCAACCAUGGACAUGAUCACUACAACUAUGGAUUUGACGCUUCUGGCUAUGGUGGUGAAACAGGGAACAUUGACUCAGGGCGAGUGAUUGAGCAGUUAACUGACAGCGAAGCUACCAGUCCAGCAACAGCCGAGGAUAAUCCCGAAGCUGAUGAUGGAGGAAGUGCGAAGCGGCGUCGGAGGGUCUGA